CCAUGCGAUUCAAUCGCCGUGAACGGGCAACGACUCCGGUGUCCGCGAGUCAAGCAGGAACCGGAGCCUGAAUGUUCCAGGUGGGAGAAGGCUGCACAGGUUCCUCUAGUCUGAUCGCUCCCUAGUCACUAGAAUCUUUUCAUUGUGGUUUUGCUGGACUGGGCGAGGGAUUAACGGCUCGAAGAGUUGACCUCUUGCUCUUUGUGAGCUCCCUGAACGCGGAGCAGAGGCAAUGGACCGACAACACCUCCCCCACACACUGUCCGAAUCACAGAGCGGGAGUAAAGGCAGACAAGGAUGUCGAGGUAACAGUUACAGUAUCCGCCGGCCAGAGUGACAGAACCACUCGGUUCUGUUGAAGAGGUUGGAAGGGCGUGGGGGUGGGUGGGUGUGAGCGGGGAGGCAAGUGGGUGAAAGUUUGCACGGACCGUCAUAGUGAACAGCCAUGGCUGCAGAAAUGACAAUCGGACUCGCCAAGUCUGUCGUGGUGAAACUUUCGGAUGUGGUUGGCGAAAGAACUAAACAGAUUAGCGGGGCAAUGCAAGAGCCGCGGCGGCAGCGAAGAAUUAUGCUCGUCAUAGUCUGCAUUGCCCUCUUAUUGGACAACAUGCUCUACAUGGUCAUUGUGCCAAUCAUACCAAACUACCUUGAAACUCUCCGAACUUAUAAACUGGUCUAUGUCACUUCAGUCUCCAAUGGAACCAAUGGUUCGUUCGUCAACUCCACUCAGAAACCCAUACUGUACAGGAACCCGAAUGCAAACGAAGACAUACAAAUCGGGGUGCUCUUUGCAUCCAAAGCCAUCCUUCAGCUACUUGCCAACCCCUUGACUGGCACUUUCAUUGACCGAGUGGGCUGCGACAUCCCGCUCUUCAUAGGACUCACCAUUAUCUUCUUCUCCACCCUUACCUUUGCCUUCGGCGAAAGUUAUGCCAUGUUAUUCGUGGCCAGGAGCAUGCAAGGGUUGGGGUCUGCAUUUGCAGACACCUCAGGGAUUGCAAUGAUCGCGGACAAGUACACGGAAGAGUCCGAGAGGAGCACAGCCCUUGGCAUCGCCUUGGCUUUCAUCUCCUUUGGAAGUUUAGUGGCGCCCCCCUUUGGAGGUAUACUGUACGAGUUCGCGGGCAAGAGUGUCCCCUUCCUCGUGCUAUCGUUUGUCUCCCUUUUGGACGGUAUUCUGUUGCUCACGGUCGUUACACCUUUUGCCAGCAGAACACGCGAAAACAGGCCGCAAGGCAGCCCCAUCUAUAAACUUAUGAUCGACCCUUAUAUUGCCGUUGUAGCGGGUGCUCUGACCACCUGUAACAUCCCUCUAGCUUUCCUGGAACCCACCAUAUCAAACUGGAUGAAACAGACAAUGAACGCCAGUGAAUGGCAGAUGGGACUAACGUGGUUGCCCGCAUUUUUCCCCCACAUCCUAGGUGUAUAUGUCACUGUAAAACUAGCUGCCAAAUAUCCCAAUUACCAGUGGUUCUAUGGGGCUAUAGGCAUGGUUAUUAUAGGGGCUAGCUCGUGUACAGUCCCAGCUUGCAGGAAUUUUGAAGAACUUAUCAUUCCGUUGUGCUCCCUUUGUUUUGGGAUAGCUCUAGUGGACACUGCCCUGUUGCCGACCCUUGCCUUCCUGGUAGAUGUUCGUCAUGUGUCUGUGUAUGGUAGUGUAUACGCUAUAGCCGACAUCUCCUAUUCUGUUGCCUAUGCCCUGGGACCUAUUGUAGCCGGCCAAAUUGUCCACACUUUGGGCUUUGUGCAGCUCAACCUUGGCAUGGGCUGUGCCAACGUCCUGUACGCCCCUGCCCUCCUGCUACUCAGAAACGUGUGCCAAAUGAAACCCUCGCUUUCCGAGAGAAAUGUCCUUCUGGAGGAGGGACCCAAAGGGCUAUACGACACCAUCAAGAUGGAGGAACGCAAAGCCAGUAAGAAAGGGUAUGGCAGCUCGGCGGGUAGCUAUCCCAUGGCUGGAAUCCUGGAUAGCACCGAGAAUGAGAGGAAACAAACUGGGCAGAUUCUGUCCGAAGACGAUUCAUCGGGUAGUGAUUACAGUUAACCUCGACACCCUCCAGCAGCCGAACCUUCCAAGGACAUAAGUGAAUGAAAUGCAGCAUAUCCUUGCCCUUUGUGAUGUACUAGAUGUCUAAUAUAAACCAGAAUUGAUGUAAUCAUUGCUGUGAAUUACUUUUGUAUAAUUUAUGUAAUUGCUUAUUUCAUGGGUCUUAAGGGAAUGGAGAAUGUGAUGAAGAUGGGAUUAUUAUAAUCUGCAUUCAAUCAGAACCCAGCAUUUCUAAUAAACUACAUUUAUCACGAAUCUAUUGAAAUGAUGUCCAGUGCAACAUUUGCUCGAAUUGUAUCAGUGUGUUCGAGUUUUAGGUUGUACAUCUGUGUGAUAAAGUAAAUAGCUGUACGUAUCUUUAAAAAAGUCAUGUAAACGUUCAGGGACCUGACGGGAAACACAAUAUUGUAUAUAAAGGUAUGUCCUUUAGAUUGUUCUCCCAGGGAAAUCAAUUGAUGCAGAAGUGAUUGUGUAUUUUUGGCUGAGAAUGAAUCUCUGUAUAGGAUUAUUUGGACCAUUGUGUGCUGCUAUGUUAUAAAUACAAUGUCAGAUUAAAAUCUGG